UGAACGUGUUCUUUGAUUCACGACCAUGAGGACAGUCCUCUUGUUCCUUGUUUUGGGCAGCCUGUCCUUCUGUGUCCUCUGUUUAUGUCCUCAUCAGACGCCGGGACUCAGGAGAUGGUCCCACGGGUCCAGCUGGCCGGGUAAUAAGAAACCUGGUACACAUGCCCGAGUGGUCAUCACUGAUGCCAUACUGCUGGACGAAUCCCCACCGGAACUGUCCAGUGUCACCAUAGAAACGGGAGGACGCCUCGUGUGGAGCCCGGAUGGAGAUUACAAUCUGACAACCCAGUAUAUUUUAAUCAAGGGGCGUUUUGACAUCGGCAGUGAUGACUGCAAGUUUAACAGAAAGGCCAACAUCACUCUGACAGGUAACGAGACGAUAGUGAUUA